AAGAUCAAACUCUAGUAAGAGAUGGAUUACCAAUAGAAAUAUCAAAUACAACAAAUAUAAUUGGAAAGAAAGCAGAUGACGAAGUAAUAAUAGAAUUUGAAUAUUUUAUAUUAAAAUUAGAAAAAGUAUUUAUAUCAGGAGCACAAACAACAGAAGAUUAUAUAACAAUCGGAAAUAGAACAAUGAGAGAGCACCAAAUGCAAUUUGAUUUCUGGAAAAAUCAAUUUAGUAUACCAAAUCCGUUACAUCAACCAAAAAUGAUGGAAGGAUAUAUCGAAGAAGAAAAAUAUGAAAAACCAAAGCACGAUGGAAAAAGAUUUGUGAUAAUAAUCUUAAAAGAUGAAGAUGGAUGUUGGAUUUCAAAAAGAAUUGAUAAAAAGAAACCAUAUUACAAAUUAUGGCAAUUUCCAGGAGGAAAAGUUGAAGAAUACGAAACAUAUAAGGAAGGAGCAAUAAGAGAAUUACAAGAAGAAACUGGAAUCAAAAGAGACAAAAAAGAAUUAGAAUAUAUCCUUACAGAUAAAUAUGAAGGAAUAACUU